AUGGGAUCCUCACAGAGAUAUCCUUCUGCUCCUAUGGCAGUUGAUAAAGGCAAGGGGAUCAUGUAUGAAGACGACGACAAGCCUCUCAUGCUCGAGGAGGAUGACGGAACUCCUAUCAUUCGGGAGUUUCACAUGUCAUUGAUUGGUAAGGUUCUAAAUCCCAAGAAACAGAACAUGGAGAAGCUCAUUGUCUCCAUGCCGGCUCAAUGGGGCGUACAAGAUCGGGUAACAGCUAAUGACCUUGGCGAUGGGAAGUUCUUGUUUAAUUUCUCUUCUGAAGAGGAUCUAAAGUAUGUGCUAAGCAAGGGACCUUUCCACUACAAUUAUUGUAUGUUUGUCUUGGUACGGUGGGAGCCGAUAGUUCAUGAUGAUUAUCCUUGGACCAUUUCGUUUUGGGUGGAAAUCACGGGCAUUCCCCUGCAUCUUUGGACUGUAAAGAACUUAAAGAAAAUUGGAGGAGAACUCGGACAUGACGACACUAUUGAGUUAUCAGCUGGACGCUUGUUGAUUGAUGUGGAUACAAGGAAACCCUUGUUAUUUGCUAAAAAGGUUCAAUCCCCACGGGGUGAUGAAGUUACUAUAAGGUUCAAGUAUGAAUUGCUCUUUAAACACUGCUCACAUUGCGGCUUUCUCACUCAUGAAGUCUCACAAUGCCCUAAGAAAUUAGAGGAGCAAAGACAACAGGCAAAGGAAGCGGGGGUCUUCUCUCGGGUACAGCUUCCUUUUGAGCCAAGCAGUCGCCAAUCUUUGUUGGCUGAUAGGUCUGAUCGUGAUCGGUACCAUAACUGGACUGAACGGCCAACGGAGAUAAGGAGAAAUCCCAAGUUUGAGUCGUACACAAACUCGGACUCAUACCAUCGAUCACAGUCUGAGCGUAUUGCUUCUAAACAAAGGUACAAUACACAUGAUAGCUACAAAGGGCCGGGUAACAGAUGGCCACAGUCUGGAUCCCGAUACAGCCGUCGUUAUGCUCCUUAUGAGCUGAAGACGACACAAUGGAAAGUUAAAGACGAUCGGGAUGUGAUCUCCGAUCGGGAUGUGAUCUCUAAUCCGCGUCGUCACAGUGGUGGUGCUAAUAUCAGAGACAGUCAAAGUGAGGCUAUGCGUAUUGAACAGCCUAGAUGUGAUGGACUGCAACUAAUGGUAACUGAUCCUGUACAACCUGAUAGAGCCGAAUCAUCAAAGCAUAGUGGACGGAAGAUUGCAAGUAAAAUUGUUACCCCAUCACGUACACAUGUUCGUGAAAACAAUGUAACAAUAGGUGGAAGGGUUGAUUCAAGAGCUAUUAAUUUCUUCCCUAUGGAGAAAGAGGUGCUUACCGAUGGAGUUGAUGAUCAGAUGAUUGGUGCGCUACAAGACAUGGAGAUGGGCGAACAAGAUGACGCUCUGAUGCAGUUACAAGAGUCUAACAUAAAUGACAGGAUAUUGGAUGAGGCUGUGGAUGACUUGCUGGGGGAAGAACUAGAGGAGAUGGAUGAGAGUAUGAGCUCUCGUAUUGAGCCUUCUUCUCUCGCUGCUGUUAAAGUCAAGAACAAGUCUUCUAAGGGGAGUUCACGACAAUUGGUUCCACGGGGAAUGCCAAUUAGGAAAGCUGAGUUUCUUCGUCGGGGAUCUCCACGGAGCUACGGCGUCUCUUCAUCGGGAGUUAACGAAACUCGCAAGUAUAAUCGUCAGAGUGGAUCGAAGAAACCACGAGCAAGUUCUCACAAGAGUAAUGAGUUGGAGGGGUCCAAAAAAACCCCAAAAAUUUAUCCAUGA